AUGUCGAAUUCGAAAGAGGGUUCUGUAUCAAUUGCAUUUAUUCAUCCAGAUUUAGGUAUUGGGGGCGCAGAACGAUUGAUCGUGGACGCUGCCUUAGGUUUGCAACAACAGGGCAACAAAGUCAUCAUAUACACAAGCCAUUGCGAUAAAUCACACUGUUUUGAGGAAAUUAAAGAUGGCACCAUUGAAGUAGAAGUCAUCGGAGAUCAUUUACCAACUCACAUAUAUGGUAAAUUCGCUAUCGUUUGUGCUACUAUAAGACAAAUAUUUUUGACUUCACAGCUGCUCCUCACCAAGAAGGCCAUUAACUAUGACGUCUUCAUAGUUGAUCAAUUGUCAACUUGUCUUAUAUUAUUGCAUAAAUAUACUUCUGCUGUCACUUUAUUCUAUUGUCAUUUCCCUGACCAAUAUUUGACCAAAAGAGAUAGUCUCCUAAAGAAGUUAUAUCGUAUCCCAUUUGAUUUAAUUGAGCAGUUCACUAUUAGUACAGCAGAUCAUGUUGUCGUCAACUCCAAUUUUACGAAAUCAAUGUAUCAUAGGGCUUUCAAAUAUUUGAACGAUACUGAACCAGAUGUCAUUUAUCCAUGCGUUAGUUUAUCUAACGAUCCAAUAAAUGAGGGAGAUGAAAAAUUAUUCAGUCAUUUAUUAAAUCCGGAAGAUAAAUUCUAUUUAAGUAUUAAUAGGUUCGAUAGGGCCAAAAAUAUACUCUUAGCAUUGAAAUCAUUUGCCCUAUCAGGAGAAUCAAAGAAUGAUAAUGCUAAAUUAUUAAUAUGUGGUGGUUACGAUGAAAGGGUCAUUGAAAACGUUAUUUGCUUAAAGGAACUGCAAAGGGAAGCUGAUAUAUUAAAGUUAUCAUAUUCAACGAUAUUUUAUCCUGAAUUUGAAAGAAAUAAAGAUUUAGAUAUGUUUACAGCCAAACACAGUAAAAUUAUCUUUUUAACUUCUAUUUCUACAUCCUUAAAAGAAUUAUUGUUAAAUAAAACAGAAAUGUUAUUAUAUACUCCAACAAAUGAACAUUUCGGUAUAGUUCCUGUGGAAGCAAUGAAACAUGGGAAACCUGUCUUAGCAACAACAUCUGGUGGUCCAUUAGAAACAGUUGAAACUUUAAUUCCAGGAAGGAACGAUUCCGCUGCAACAGGCUGGCUAAGAGAUCCCAAACCAGAACGUUGGGCAAAAGUUAUUGAUGAAUGGAUCGUUCUGCAAAAGGACCCUAAUUCUAAAAUUAAUUUUGGAAAAAGUGGACCAAAUAGAGUUAAGAAACAUUUUUCUCGCGAUUCCAUGACUCAAUCAUUCGAAGAUAUAAUUGAAAAAUUAAUCUGGAAACCUAAAUAUACCUACCAAUGGGAAAACGUUGUAGGACCUAUCUUUAAUUUGAUUUUACAAUUAAUUUUAACGCGCCUUUUCCCAGGUCAGAUGUGGCCAUUCAUAUCACUCGCUAUCUUUGCGUUACUAUUAAGAGAUUUUAGAUCUUUAGUUUACUGGGUAUUUGCUUUGAUUUUAUUAAAUGCUUUAUAG